AUGCUAAAAAAUGUAGAAGACUUCACUGGACCUAGAGAAAGAAGUGAUCUGGGAUUCAUUACGUUUGAUAUAACUGCUGAUCUAGAAAAUAUAUUUGAUUGGAAUGUUAAGCAGUUGUUUCUUUACUUAUCAGCUGAAUAUUCAACAAAAAAUAAUGCUCUGAACCAGGUUGUCCUUUGGGACAAGAUUGUUCUGAGAGGUGAUAAUCCGAAGCUGCUGUUAAAAGAUAUGAAAACAAAGUAUUUUUUCUUUGACGACGGAAAUGGUCUCAAGGGAAAUAGGAAUGUCACUUUAACCCUGUCCUGGAAUGUCGUACCAAAUGCUGGAAUUCUACCUCUCGUGACAGGAUCAGGACACGUAUCCGUCCCAUUUCCAGAUACAUAUGAAAUAACGAAGAGUUACUAA